AUGGCGCAAGCGGCCGCCGAGAAUGGUGCUCCACAGUGGUACUGCCGAAUCCUGAAACUCAGGGGUAGCACAUUUUCCACAAGUGAAGAUUACGACAAAGAUCUUCUUGAGCUUAGGGACGAGGAUCUGGAUGACGAAUACCCUGAUUGCAAAUGCGAUGAGCAAGACAUUGAUUGUUACUGUGAUGAGCUUUGGGAACCGGACGAGAGCAAAUCGCGAAAUAGAAAGUACACUGGCCCGGAUGCUGCUCAUCUUUAUGAAGUGAAGGCAGAUCGAAGCCUGCGAAAACACGAUGUAAGGGAUGUGCGUCUUAAAAAAGAAUCGGAAAAGCAAGAGCGGCUGAAGCUGGAUCGUGACAAGGAGAACAAGGUCCUUGAAGUUCUCAAAGAGCUUACAGAAUCAGGAGGAGAUAACGACCAGCCUGCUGGAUUUGAUCUUCUUAUGAAUAGGCAUUUCGAUCUCUAUUGUUCGGAUUUUACCGAGCUUUGGUGGGACGACUACUUCCCAACAGCAUACAUUGAAUUCUACGACCUCAGCAAAGAAACGACUCUUGGUGUACCUAUAAGCUAG